ACCAAAGAUAAGGCGAGGUCGCCUAGCCUGUUGUUGCUCAUACGCCAAAAAUGCCGUUGUUUGGAAAGAAGAAAUCUCCCCGGAGAAAACUCGAAGCUGGGUCUAGCAACCUCAGCAAGUCAAAUGUGAGCUUAGCAGAUACAAGUGUGGAUCCGAAUGAUCCUAAUGCAGCAUUGGUUAAGCUGAAACUCGGCGGCAAUGAGUUGGUUUUUCGAGAUGGAGAGUGGUGUUCAGAUGCAACAGGCGCUGUUAAAGGAAGUGCAGAUGCUAACUUGCAAAAGAUCAACAACCAACUUAAAGAAGAAAACAACUAUUUGAAAUAUAAAAUAGAUGUUCUACUUGAUAUGCUUGCUGCAACCACUGCAGAUUGCAAUGUGAUAGAGAAAGAACUGGAGACAUUACAAAACCAGAAACGAGGGAGAGCUAUGCAGAGAUGACGUAGAGUUAAACCAUCACAAACAUACUAUACCAGCUUACGGUCAUGUUUUCGAUAAGUUUAAACUAGUUACUAUUUCAAUGUUUAUUUAUGAAAUAAGUUAUUCAACUGGAAAGUCCACUCAAAUGGUCAGAACUAUGCUAGGUCUGUCUGCUACCAAGAUGACAAAUUCAAUAUCUUGAUGUCUGAUUCGUCCAGUACUGGCAAUCAAAUUCACUGGCAAUCACCGGCAUUUUAAUUUGCUCAUACAAGCAUACAAAAUUGCUUAGUGUGUUGUAGACUCAAGAGAAAAUGAUCUGAUCGCCAGCCUUUGAAUUCGCUCAUACAAGCAUAGUGUGUCAUAGGCUUAUCAGAAAAUGCUCUGCUAACUGAGUAAACUCUCCCCCUCCACAAACCCCUGCUCAUAUUUAUGUAAACCCAUCAAGUGUAAUUCAUAUAUCAGUGCAUGAAAUGUGUUAUGCAGGGCUUUUAAACCUCUUUUGUGAUGUUGUAUAACUACAGAUUUGUAAAAUGUAUAUAUUGAUGUUUUAAGAAAAGCUGAAAAUUUAGUAAAUAUUAUAUGUUGUA